AUGUCAUUAGAAUCCAUGAAAAUUUUUUUGUUGCUUAAACAUGAUCUUCCCCUUAAUUGGGUUAUGGAACUCUUCUAUCUUGCUCUUACCCUUUGUCAACUUGCCAUAUAUACUUAUUUUGCAUUUAAUGAUUUGGGUCCCAAUCCAUUUUUAUGCCCGGUAAAUUAUCCUUAUCCUUCAAAAGAACUUUACAACGUUUGCAUAAUCGAUCUUUCUAAUUUGAUCUGUAUGUGGUUGAUGUUCUCCAUUUCAUUGUGUUUUGCCAUACGAGAUAACAUUCCUAAUCAUAAAAUAGAUGAAUGGCUGGGUUUUCAAAAUAAUGAUCAAUCUGAUAACGUUCAUAAUAAAAGUUGGGAAGGUGAAGAGAAAGAAGGGAAACAAGUUGAAGGUGUGGCUUGA